AUGCUUACAGUCAAUGACAAGUCACGUUUAGGAGAUGGAACACAUUGUCGCCUCGACUCUCGGGAGACGAAAGGGGCCCAUCAGCCUGGUGUGGACGAGGGUCUGAACGUGGAAAAUCAUUUACACUACACACCAACCAGCGACCUCCGCAGACUCGAGUGUCCAGAAGAGGGAAGGUUUCCUGACCUCAGUGAAUGUGGGCGGUUUUACGAUUGCACCUCUGACAGCAACGGCGGCUACGUCGUGACCAGGGAUUACUGCCGGGGCUUUGUGUACAAUGCCACUGCCAGGACUUGCAGUGGCGAUGGUCGGUGUCAUUCGCGCCGAAGCAGGAGCCCGCCUGUUGCAAGCCCCAGGCACUCUCAUUUGUGUGCAUCCAGACCCAACAGUUUCCAGUGCGCCGACUGCAAGAACUUGAUCCUGUGUGUCAAAGGGCAGGCUUUCAUCCGCCGGUGUACUAGCGGGGCAUUCUGUGACAGGAGACAGAAGUUCGGAGGCGCCGUGUGCUACCCAGGGGUACCUCGCGAGUGCACCUGCGAGAAGGCACAUGACCUCCGCCAAGACUUGUACGACCCCCAGAGGUUUUUCUCCUGCGAGAGAGCCGGGGCGAAUCCCGUGGGUUACAGGUGCAAGGAUAACCUGAUCUUUGACGAAAGCAUUGGCCUGUGUCUCAACAAGGACAGCCCACUAUCGUGCACAGAGGCGGGCUUUUUUGCCAUUCCGAAAAGCUGCUCGGAUUACUUCUCCUGCAUCCAGCUCCGAUACGGUUGGGUGCAGCGGUUCUUCAUGUGCACCAACAACAUGUACUUCAGCCGGAAAAGCAAACGGUGCGAGGAUCCUUGCUCGGGGAAGUUCGAGUGCACGAUAGAGGGCUACUUCGGUGAUCCGUUUGACACGCGUCGGUUCUUCCUCUGCUUCCAAGAUCCGGCUCAGAUGAUAAAGAUCCAUUUCCAGUGUCCUACAGACUAUGUUUGGAAUUCGAACUUUACGUAUGGAGAAAAACAAUGUAUCCGGGAUAAAACUGGUAUCUCCCAGUUCCCGUGUUUCGCACCAAUCGAUGCGUGUCCAAAUGUCUAUCCAUUUGAGGAAGCGGGCAGAAGCAUGUUAAGUGCAGAUGCAUGUAGCCAAGAGCCUUGCUUCCCGGGAGUUUCGUGUAGCCCAACGACCGACGCCCCCUUCUACUCCUGCGGCCCUUGUCCCCCUGGCCGUGAGGGGGACGGAGUACUGUGUACUUCUCUCCAGUGCGGUGUUGGUUCUGCGGGAGACGACGUGGACUGCGGCCCCGACUCUGACCUGGACGGCUACCCGGACAGUGACCUCGGCUGCUCUGACCCUCACUGCCGCCAAGACAAUUGCAUUACAGUGCCAAACUCCGGCCAAGAGGAUACUGACGGCGACGCAGUAGGGGAUGCCUGUGAUGACGACGCUGACGGCGAUGACUUUGACACCUUCGAGGAUAACUGUCCCCUGGUCCAUAACCCCUUACAAGAGGACGCGGACUUGGACAGAAGGGGCGACGUCUGUGAUAACUGCCCCUCCGUCCCAAACCCCGAGCAGAGGGACACCGACGGGGACUCAGCUGGCGAUGACUGUGACGAGGAUAUAGAUGAUGACGGGAUCCUCAACGAAAUGGACAACUGCCCUUUCAUCCCCAACGCCCACCAGAACGACACUGACGGCGACGGUGUAGGCGAUGAAUGCGACAACUGCCUCGAGUACCCCAACCCCUGGCAAGAGAAUAAGGACGGAGACGCAGCAGGAGAUGCUUGUGACUACGAUAAUGACUCGGAUCGCGACGGCGUACAGGACAGCGAGGACAACUGCCCGGUUACCGCCAACAGUGACCAGGUAGACGUAGACGGCGACGGUACCGGUGACGCCUGUGACAAGGACAGUGACAACGACGGCGUGGAGGACGACCGUGACAACUGUCCGCUUAUUCCCAACGCCGACCAGACCGCUGAUUUCUACAGCGCCGACGGCCGCGGAGACGCCUGCAGGAGGGACUUCGACGGUGAUGGUGUUGAGGACGCCGGCGAUAACUGUUUCAGGAAUCCUACUCUGUAUAAGACUGAUUUUAGGUCCCUGCAAACGGUGUCUCUGGAUCACGACCACUACAUCUUCCUUCCCGAAUGGCUCAUCUACGAUAACGGAACGGAAAUACAUCAGACUAAAAGCACCGACCCCGUUUUGGCUGUGGGUCCUCACAGCCUGGGAAAUGUCGACUACGAAGGGACUCUCUUCGUCUCAGAUCAUUCGGACGAUGACUAUGUUGGAAUUGUUUUUAGUUACCAGUCCAACGCCAAGUUCUACGCCAUGACGUGGAAGAGAGAAACUCAGCUCUGGAACAGCUUGGCCGAGAAAGGUGUUCAGUUGAGGGCCAUCAACUCCGCCACAGGGCCAGGCCGGGAGUUGAGGAAGGCACUGUGGUAUUCUGGCACCACGCGCAAUCAGGUCACAGUGCUCUGGCAAAACGGGACCCUCGGCUGGCACCCGAACGUGGCAUACCGCUGGCACCUCCACCACCGCCCGGCCCUCGGUGUCAUGAGGUUGUUCCUGUAUGAGGGCAACAGGCUAGUCGCUGAUUCUGGAAAUGUGUAUGACAAUUCGCUAAAGGGAGGCAGGCUGGGUUUUUACUGUUUCUCGCAGCGGGCCGUCAUGUGGUCGAAUAUAAGAUAUACUUGUGCUGACGACCUCCCCAAAGCCAUGCUGGACGACCUGCCCCCGGAGAUGAGAGGUCAAAUAGCGACCUCUCUCGGCCGCCGCGCGAGGUCACGACCCCUGCCCCCCCUGGCCCCCGUGCCCUCCCUGGCCCUUGAUCCCCCCACGCCUCCCCCCACGCCUCCCGCCUCAAAAGACGCCGAGGUUUCACAAGACGCAUUAGCAUUUCGUCCCCGCGGCAACCCCAGCCAUUCGUCACUGCUGCAGGAAGAGGACGAUCUCGUUUUCUGUGAGAGCUUUAAGCAAGCACAGUCAUCCAUAGUUCAGCAGAUUACCCCUGAUACAUACAGUCUGAUAGAGAUGAAGCAGAAACAGAAUACACGUACUGUUGUAACACAAAUCACUUUAAUGGAGCUUAUAUAUCACGGGAAACAAUAUUGUUUAGAACACGAUGCAGCUGCGUCCUCUGUCCUCUUCUUGUCGUCCCGUAGAUCUCGCUGA